AUGUCGGCUUUCAACCGGAUCAUCAAGAAGCAAGCCGUCGGCAAGGUGGUGAAAGAUGGAGUGGAGUAUGUGCUUUCCGUGGCGACUGAGACGAGCAACUGGACAGGCCCAGAGGGUGUUGCUGAGAUGAUUGGCAAGAGAGCCGGCCCAAUUAUUCAGAAUUCAAAAACACCACUGCCCCCCGGUGCUGUUGAAAUAUGUGUCAGGGAGCCUGAGCAUAAGAAUGAAGCCAGUGAUGAUCAGAGAACCCAUUUAACUGGUGUCGCUUUGUUCAAAAAUGGUGAUGGCACAACUCUGCACUUCAAGAAAAAAGAAAAUGACAAGUCAAAGUAA